AUGAAUUCCUUCUCUUCUCAAGACUUCCAGGACUGGGUGGACCGACGCCAAAGUACCGUUUCCUCCUCCACCGUGUCGUCCGCGUCAACGAGUAUCCUUUUCCCGAGCCCCGCGACCUCGCCUGGGUCCAGCUCGAGGAAGCAGUCCUGGCAGUUCUACGAUGAUGUCGUGCGGCUCGAAUUGACUCCUUCGGUGCAAAUUUCAUUUGUGAAAAACGGGCAGCUGUUCAAGCUGAAAUACACUUAUAUUGAUGUAUGCAAAGAUGCGACGGGUGCGCUGAGAUGUUUAGAGCUUGGAGGAGGACUCGGUCAACAGACUCCUUUCAUACACGGUUUUUCAAAUACAAAACUUCCUGUUCCGCAUUUAGAGCAUCCGAAAGCUGGCAACGAUUUCCCUCUCCGCGUGUCUUUUAUGGAGCAACAAACGAUACAAGCAGCACAUACGGUAUUUAUGACACAGCUCUCAUAUAAAUUCGAAAACUGGAAUGAUUGUGUACGAUUCCAGGAAAUUCUCCUCGGCUCCAAGCUGGUAUUCAUCGGCGGAAUGGCCGAGGCCAAAUCCAAAGGACGAGGAGAAGAAUGCAUCAGCCAAAAUCUCCGUAUCCUCCGCGGCCACAACGGCAAACGCGUAAUGCUUUUCUUCGCUAAUUCUCAACGAAGAGAGCUCAAACGAUACGUCUCUAUUCCACUCAACUGCGUCGGGGGUAUUAAACCGCCGAAAAAAGCUGGGCGACCAGCCACAUUGGAUCUAAAUCCAAACUUCGAGAUUCUGUCUCAGAUGAGAAAUUUUACGGUCCAGUUCCUCGAAGAUGAUGAUUGCAAGGACUUUUGUCAGAUGCUAUCACACGACCUGACGAUUGGAUGA